AUGACGAGUUUCCUUCCAGAUCUGAAGGAAUUUCCGAAUUUCUUGUCAAAUAAAAUUGCAUUUUCGGAAGAAACCAACAAAAUUAGUACUCCAGAAACUUUCUACCGAUGCGGCAUUUGUCAAUCUCGUUUUUUUCACUUAACAUCCUUCAUCGUUUGUUGUGGCAAUCACUUACCAUUCUCAAUAAAUUUGACCGAUAACAACAAAAAUACCACAGAAAAUCGAGUUUUCACAUGCAAAAUCUGCGGAAAAACUUUUGUGAGACGACAAACGUAUCGAGAUCAUUUAAUUGGACACAAAAAUCCCUUGAUAAAAUGCUGUACAAUUUGUUCGACGCAAUUCAGUAGCGGAAUUAUCGCAAGCAAGCACAAGAAAAAGUUUCAUCCGGAGCUGUAUGAACAGGAAUUGCAGAAAAAAGCAACAGAAAGAGCAAAACGAGGAAAAUUAAAAACUCAUCACAUCAAAAAUGAACAAGAAAAACCCCAAAUUAAGCAUUUUCGAAUUAUUCUCAGUCGAAUGGCUUUGGAUGGAUUUGUGAAAAAUGAUUGGAUUUAUUUGCCAAAAGAGUCAGUUGAGGAUAUGAAGAAGAAUUACGAAAUAAAAUCUGAAGAAAUUUCAAAUGACAACAAAAAUUUAAGUGAUUCAGUAUUAUUAGAAGCUAAAAGAAGCUCAACAUUGUUCAAUUCUGAAGAAAUUUCCGAUUUUUCCGAAUUUUCAGAAACAAUUUUCAACGUUUAUGAAGAGCGAAGAAGUAAAAAAAUUAAAGAAAAUACUAAAAAAUGUGAUAUUCAAGACGAUUCAAUGGAAAAUUUUACUGAAAUUUCUGAAAAUUCCAAACCAGAAGAGAGUAAAAGUACUUUUGACUGUAAAAUCUGUGGUAAAACUUUCAAAGAAGCCCAAACAAAAAAUUUACAUAUUCGACGUGUUCACAAACAAAUUUUCGAGGGUCAAAUUUUUUGUCAUUAUUGUGGAAAAGAUUUUAUGGGCAAAGGAUAUUUAUUAAGUCACUUUCGAAAUGUGCAUUUUGACGAAAACGGUGUCUUCCGAGAAACUUCAAAUUCGAGAAAAUCUAAGAAAAUUGAUAACAAUCGAAAUAAGGAUAAGCAGUCGUUUGUGUGUGAAAUUUGUGGGGAAGUCAAGGAAACAAAAGGGACCAUGAUGAAACAUAGACACGAAAAACACGGAGUUUUGGAUCCUGAAUAUAAAAUUAUUUUACAAAAAGACUACGAAGAAAAUGUUUGUCCUCAUUGUGGCAAACCCUUCACCUCUAUCCGAAAAUUUAAGGAUCACGAAAAAUACCACUUGAGAGAACAGCCAAAUUUAUUUUGCACAGUUUGUGGCAUCAAAUGCAAAACUGACAUCUUUUUGCGAGCUCAUAUGCAACGACACAACGAAAAAACGUUUUUCUGCAAGUUCGAAGGUUGUCGCAAAGGAUUCGCCGUAAAGUAUGACUAUCUGACUCACAUAAAAAGAGCUCAUGGCUCCGGCGAAAGUUUUCCGUGCAAAAGAUGCGAUCAAGUAUUUCGAACAUGGAAGUUGAGACGAUCGCAUGAAGAAGUCGAACACGGCAUUGUCAAAGUCAAGUUGCAACGAAAUAAACGAAUUACGCCGAAUGCCAGUUACAAGGAAGAUGAAGGCGGAAACUGUCGCUUUUGUGGCAAACAUUUCGAUAAAAAUAGUUACAGAAAGCUUCAAAACCACGAAUAUCAUCACAAAAAAAUAAUUCCGAACCUCCAUUGUGAAAUUUGUGGAGCCAAAAGUACUACGGAAUACAAUCUGAAACGCCAUAUGGAGCGUCAUGGCGACAUUAAGUAUUAUUGUCAGUACCCGGGAUGCGGAAAAGGCUAUAAAGUGAAACACGAUAUAAGGAUUCAUGCUAGACGAGCACAUAAAGAUGUAAAAGAGCCUUUCAGUUGACAGUAGAAUUAUUUUUAAAAUGUGUUG